CGGCUGGUUCAUGCCUGAUGACUGAGACCAGCGGCCUGAAGUCCGCCGUAUUCUGGGAGCAGCUGCUGGAAAGUGUCGUAAAUGACGAAGGGGAGAAAGGAAAAGCCGGUCUGUGUUUGAGGUUUUCCUGCAGUCUGAGAUAUACACUCUUGUAUGUACUCUUGGAUGAUGGCAAGUCAAUUUGUUAGGAAACUUACUGUAUUUGCCACCAGGCAUAGACUAAAGUUGCUGGCUGUUUCCUGUGGAGGGCUAUUUGUCACCAAUGCCUUCUGCCAUGUUUUUCCCCAACGGACAUAUGGAAAGCUAUACCAAGCUUGGUCAAGAGGAGUCCCUGCUCAACUUUCAGACAAGUUGCAAGAUACUUUUCAAGAGGUUCUUAAAGAUGCUGGGGUGGAUUCAGCUCAGAAUUACACAGCGUUUGCUGCUUUCAGCUUUCAGCCAGUGAGCGCAGGUAUUCCUUGGUUACCAGCUGGUGUCAUCGUUGGCAUCCCUGUCAAUUUCAACAGCACAGAUGAUGAAGGAAAAGGGAUAACCAAUCGAAUUGUCAUGAUCAAUGGCAGAGAUGUCAAAUGGGACAGUGAGGUGGGAAAAGCCCUAAGGGAAUCCCUCACGUUUUCACUUGAUGCACAGAAGUUUGCCAUAGCACGAGAAAUUAUGUAUUUGCAGAGUAACAGCCCCAUUAUUUAUUCACUGGUGGGAUCAGUCUGUUUAGCGGGCACAUACCUGACUGGGGUAGCAGCAAAGCAAGCCCUAGGCCUAUACGCCAGUCCUGUAUUCAUACGUGGCUUUUACAACUUGGUUGUAGCAGCAAUGGGACUUAUAGGUUACUUUCUUCUUUCUGACACAGUUAGUCACUGGCUUGACUAUAGAUCAGACCAUCGCACAGCUACAAUAUCAAAGAACUAUGCAGAGGGAGGCAUUGAGUUUUACGAUAAAGUUCUUGCACGAAAUAGAACGUUUCGUUUUCUACUGGGUAAAAAAGGAGUGGAAAUGUAUGCAACAAAUGGAAAUCUGUUCCCAAAGCAUUGGUUCAGAUUGAAACAUGCUCCUUACACGUCCAGAAAAGAGAUGAUUGAAAAUACGUUGAAAGACUGCUGGAUGUAAACCAGUGCAUUGUAUCCCAUCCACCAACUUAAAUGUCCAUCUGUUCACUACUGACACACAGUGGCAGCAGUGUAUACUAUCUACAAGAUGCACUGCAGCAACUCGCCAUGGCUCCUCAGCAGCAUCUUUGAACUUUGCAAUCCCUACCUAGAAGCACAGAGGCAUCAGAUGCAUGGGAGUAUCACCACCAUCUGCAAGUUUGACCCUAAGCCACACACUAUCCUGAUUUGGAACCAUAGCACUGUUUCUUCGUUGUUGCUGGGUCAAAAUCCUGGCACUCCUUCCCUAAGAGUACUGUGGGUGUCCAUGCCCCAGAAGGAUUAAAGCAGUUCAUGAAGGUUACUCAUCACCACUUUCUUAAGCGCAGUAAGGGAUGGGUGACCAAUGCUGCCCUUGACAUUGACACCUACAUCCCACAAUUAAGUAUACCUUUGCACAAUAUCAGGCGCCAGUAGAAUUCUCUCUGAUCUUACCUUACUGUGUUUUCUGUGUGCCCCAGACGAGUUUUUCUUUUUCCUUUUUUUCCAGAUUCUCUGUAAGAGAAGCAUCUCCCAACAUCACAAAAAUGAAUUUUGUGGAUAGAAAACUCUGUCCCUGCACCUGAUAGUAAGCUGUUCCAGUACAGUGAUUGGUAAAGAUUGACUGGUACUUUUGUGACCUUUGCAUUGCUAAAAUUUAUUGAAUUGUUUUUAGCAAAGUAUCAUCUAAUUUCAUAAAAUUCGGACAUGAAUCAUGUGAAAAACAAGAAACUGAGAGAUGAGCAUUCUGAGACAGAACUACAGAUGCUGGAAUCAGAGAUAACACAAUGUCAAGCUGGAGGAACACAGCAGGCCAGACAGCAGCAUAGGAGCAGGAAAGCUGAUGUUUCGGGUCAGGACCAUUUUCUGAAGAAGAGUCCUGACCUGAAACACCAGCUUUCCUGCUCCUCUGAAGCUGCCUGGCCUGCUGUGUUCCUCUGGCUCCAGACAAGUAUUCUGUUUGUUUUUCAUUCUUUGCCUUUUAGUGACCAAGAGUUUGAAAUUUUUUUGCAUGUAACUAAGUCCAAGAGUGUGACAAUUUUACAUGACCUGCAAACCUACAUCAGUGACUAGUGUUUUCCUUUACAUUUUCUUGUGAUGAAUUGUAACAGGAAAAGUUUUGCUUGAAAUUACACUUACGUGAGGAAUAAGAGAAUGGUCAAAGAAAGAGUAGGGCCGAUCAGGGAUAGCAUAGGGAACUUGUGUGUGGAGCCUGAGGAGGUAGGGGAAGCCCUAAAUGAGUUUUUUGCUUCUGUCUUUACGAAAGAAACCAACUUUGUAGUGAAUGAAACCUUUGAAGAGCAGGUGUGCAUGCUGGAAUGGAUAGAGAUAGACGAAGCUGAUGUGCUGAAAAUUUUGUCAAACAUUAAGAUUGACAAGUCGCCAGGCCCGGACCAGAUUUGU